AAGAAUGGAAGAAAGCGCAGCGCCUGGCUGCAUCUUUAUCCCAGCAGACCCCUCCUCUCUCUCUCUCUCUCUCUCUCUCUCUCUCUCUCUCUCUCUCUCUCUGUCUGCCUGCCAGCUGAUGGUGACUGGAGGUGAAGCGGUUUUUCUCUCCCCUCGUCAUCCCGGGGAAACCUGGACGGACGGACUGACCCAGGCUACUACUUGGUGAUGACAGCGGGAGCAAACUGCGAAUUUAAAGAAAACAAACCAAAACGGAGAGAGACAGCGGACAGAAGCCAAGACAGUGCACAGUAACGCGGAGGGAAACAACAACUUCCAGCGGUUGUGUCCUCGGGCCGGUCUGCGGGGAGCUGCUGCCACCACAAAGGUGCGUGUAAAACUCCUUCGCCUUGCACUCAGUCAGAGAUGGAGUUCCCAGACGACUUCCUGCUCGCUGAGCUGGGUCACCUGCACUUCUACAACGACUCGUUCUUCACGAACAACUUCAGCAGGUCUGACAACGAGACCGACGCCUUACUGCCAACGGGGGUGAAGGUCACCAUCGUGGUCGUCUACAUGAUUGUUUGUGUCAUUGGCCUGGUGGGAAACUUCCUGGUCAUGUAUGUCAUCAUAAGAUACACUAAGAUGAAAACGGCCACGAACAUCUACAUCUUUAAUCUGGCUCUGGCUGACUCCUUGUUUCUGGCUACUUUACCAUUCCAGGGCACAGACGUGUUCCUGGGCUUCUGGCCAUUUGGGAAUGCUCUGUGCAAGGCAGUGGUGUCUAUCGACUACUACAACAUGUUCACCAGCACCUUCACCCUGACGGUGAUGAGUAUGGACAGGUACGUGGCCGUCUGCCACCCUGUCAAAGCGCUGGACAUGAGGACUCCUCACAAGGCAAAGGUGGUGAAUAUCUGUGUGUGGGUAUUGGCUUCAGCCUUUGGUGUCCCUGCCAUGGUCCUGGGAAAUGUAGAGGAGGAACCAGAGCAUAACAUUGAGUGCAUUGUGGUUUUACCUGAACCGAGGAGUCACUGGGAUCCUGUCUUUGGCACCUGUGUCUUCCUCUUCUCCUUUCUCAUCCCUGUGGCUAUCAUCAGCAUCUGCUACAGCUUGAUGGUCAAGCGCCUGCGCAGUGUUCGCAUCCUGUCGGGCUCCAAGGAAAAGGACCGCAACCUGAGGCGCAUCACCAGGAUGGUCCUGGUGGUGGUGGCAGCAUUUGUUGUCUGUUGGACCCCUAUCCAGAUCAUGGUCCUGGCUCAGUCGCUGGGCUUCAACCUGAGCAGCUUGUUCACGCUGGUGCUGAUGCACUUCUGUAUCGCGCUGGGCUAUGUCAACAGCAGUUUGAAUCCUGUGCUUUAUGCCUUCCUGGAUGAGAACUUCAAGCGCUGCUUCCGCGAGUUCUGCAACCCAUCGCCAUUCCGCCUUGACACACAGCAGUCUGGCAGGAUGAGGAGCAUCGCUCGGGAAGUUGCGGCAGCCUACAGCUGCAAGGCUGGAAAUGGUGGGGGGCCUGGGGGAGGGACGCCUAAUCCAGCAUGACUAGGCGUGGAGCUCCCUUUGGUGGGGGUAGACCCCCAACAGAGGAGAGAGGCCCAGGGGAAAGGUAACUCGAAUACAGAAUUGACUCAGAUUACAGCUCUCUAGCGGCACGAGCCCCCCCGCCCCCACACUAGAAGACUGGCCUGGGGUGGGGGGGAGGGAGAUGAGGAGGAUGGGAUCGAAAGGAAAAGAAUUUAGAAUGACAGCCAUAGGCUCCAUAGGGUGCCUAUAUGGAUGGAGGGAAAUGGGAUGCAUUGAAAGCUUGGGUGGGAAGGGUGAUGAACAUGUAGGUAGGAGAUGGUGCCAGAUAUGGGAGUAGCUCAGACCAUUGUGGAUCCUAAAUCUUGGAACGUUUAUGUCCAAACUCCACUGAGGCUGUAAGAUAUAUGGAGCUACAAAUGUUAGGAAACCUCAGUAAGACUUGUUCAAGGAUUCAACUAUCUUGAGGUGGAUGUAAACACAAGAGAGGUGACAGCAUUAUUUGGCAUGUACUAGAGCCCCCAAAACAACCACCUUGCUAACAGAAAUUAGAUCUGUCAACUGAGGUUGGUACCGACUUGCUGCAUCUCUAGAAAGAUUCCCAAAUCUGUACUUGGGUUUGAUACAGUAGGGGUUGGGGCUAGAUAUUUGAGGAGAACAUACAUAUAAACAGCAUGGGAUCAAUAGAAGGAGCUGCAGAUACCAAAAUCCUUGAAACCACCAUGCAUGACUUUGGUGAUUGUAGGAAGAUUAUAAACAACAUUGGAAGCAUGGAACAUGGCUAUCUGGUGGUAAGGACCACGGACUGAAGACCAAGGAAGAGCAAAGCUUUCUAGAAGUGUGAAAUGGAAAACACUUUCGCCACAGUUUAUUGUAUCUUUAUCAGAGGAGGUUUUAUGAGUGGGAAGUGGUGAACAAAAUGCCUUGUGUCCUACACUGAUCCCAGUAUGGGGUCUUUAUUGUGAUGGUUUCUCUAAAAAUGGGUCUACAGAAUGAUAAUAUGCUGCUGAGCCCUUAUUAAGACUUAAAUGGGCACACAGUGUAAUGUGAUAUUUGAGACUAGACAGGAAGUCAGACUUGUGAAAAGAACAAUGUGCAACAAGCUACUCUUGAACAAUAUUCUUAAACUGUGUCUAUGGACCCAGAAUGGGUCACAUGAGUGUUAUUUCUCAUAGGAGCAACAUUUCAGUGUGUCCUGGAAAAACUAAGCCUGAGAAAACCUGUCCUAAAACAAGUUUCUUAGAGUUUUUGUGAUUUUUGAAAACUUUCUAUAAUCACCUGUGGGGUGUUGGAAAUUUAGUUGGGGUGGGGGUGACUGCCUGUCUGUCCACAUAUGAAAUGUCAGUUGCCCUGUAUUCAAGGGUAGAAGUACCCAUAUCAAAUUUGCAGACAGGACUUGAAAAGUUUGCCAUAAAUAUAAUCUUUGAACAUGACCUGGGCAAAAAUAAUGCAUUCAUAAAAACAUGUUUCAAGUAUUUGUUUCAAGCACUUACAAAAAGCAACAUUUGUCAGACGGCAAUUAAUUGAUUAGUGGAAAUGAAUACGUAUUUCUUAAUUGGGAUGAAGAUUGAAAAACAAUCCUCAUAUUUUGAAACGUGUUUACCAGACGGUCUUUACAACACAUCUGUGAUUGUAACACCGAAACAAAUAUCCUGUGUGGAACUUUGCAGGACAAUAUGUUUAAAAGCUAAUAUAAGGACAUUUUGUAGUUUUUAUUUCUGGUUAAAAGAUCAAAUGAACAAAAAUAUAAAUAUUCUGUAUUUUUACAAGUAGAAGUUCAAUGUUGGGACGUUAGCUUAUUCUGAGACAUCCUGUUGAAACACUAAAAGCAUGCUUGCAACUUAAUCUGGUUAAAGUUUCCAUGAUACCAACCAUGGAAAUUAGGCAUUUUGGGUAAAAGCAAAGUGAACAAGACGAACAAUAUAGUCACAGAUGUUUUGUAAAUGACACAUGUGGGUGUAUUGUUUUUCCCAGGUCUGCAGCUGCUGUCACAUUUUGGGAAUCAGGUGAAACGGAUCGGGGUCGAGAUUGGGUGUGGGAGUGUUGGGUUUGAGAUAUUUUCAGGUGGGGACUUUAACACUGGGCAGGGUUGGGAAGGGGUGUUACUAGUGAGUCACUGGGACUCACAGCACCACAGUGGCAAAGCAGGAGGAAGGGGUCACAGUGUUCUGACCCCACUCCAAGGGACAAAGGGGCUCUCUCUCUUCUUAGUGUCUUAAAGAGGAAAUCAACCCUGAAACAGAAACCACAUCAGAUAUUUUUAUUUCCCUGGACAGUUUUGGAAAUUAUACAAACUCGAUACAGCAUUUAAACUUCUAGACAUUUUCUGGGACACAAAAAUAUCAGAAAUAUGAAGCAUUAUGAUGAAAUUAUAACAAUUUCAUGCAAAAUAUAAUAUGAUUUACUUCUGUUUUAACUGGGAAUUUGCCUCCCACAUAAAAAGUCAUCAUUGACUAUUUAAAUUAAGUUUUUUUGUUUUGCUUUUUAAUAAUUCCAGUUGUAUUUGUAGUAGUUUUAUAUGGGCGAUAUUGUGAUGAUAAAAAUGUGGUCUUUCAUAAACAUUUGCAAAAAGCAUUAUGUUAGGAGAAAGAAGAUAAAUUAUUAUCUAAAACCUAUUUACACAUUUUGUCUGGCACUGCUCAUUACAAAUCUGUUUCUCGAGAACAAUCAAACAUUAUUUCUAACUUUGACAUAUUCGCCAAUUCAGUGAUAUUUUUAAGUAAUGUUUUGGUGAUGCUCGAGGUUUGCUGUGAGGAAUUAAACUAAAUGACAUUUUUGAAGUUAUACACUUUCACAUUCAAGAUAUUCCUACUGCUUUGAUGGUUUUCAGCAUUUAGUGAGGCGGUUUAUUGUUUAACUGUCGACACUGUAGGAAUUAACGUGUGGAUUCUGUUUUAGGGUUGCUGUCCCCUUUAAUUUAAUAUUUGUGUCUCUUCAUAGAAUUUUGAUUGGUUUGAUUGGUUAAGAUGUCUUUACUUUGAAUCCAAAACAUAUGUUUGUUUGUUUUUUUACUUAUUUUAUUAAAUUAACAGAAUGCGAUUCAGGAUAGCAAGUUGACACCAGUUGUGUCACGAAGGGUUAUGGUUUGUUGUCAACUGUAUAGUUUCAAAGUUAUGUCUGUAUAAACCAGUUUAUUUGCUGCAGCUACUCUUUGCAGCACAUAUGAAAUUGUUCAUUGUCUUAAUUUUGUCUUCUUUCUUUUGAGAGGAACAAUUCUAUGAACUUACAUUGCCUUAAAUAUCAAGUGAAGUCUGUUACUGAAGCUCGCUCUCUGGCUGGAUAAAAUGUGUUAUAGUUAUUACUGGUGCUUCGCUGUUAGUUUAUACUAGUCCAGGUCUGUAUUCAUAAAGCCUCUGAGGACAGCAGUCAUCUGCAAACCAGAGAACAUAUUAAUUUUAGGUUUGUAUUUCUUAAAAUAGCUGUCUUUGGCCUACUUUAUUAAUGGCUGGCACUUUCUAAAAUAUCAGAGCUUAAUCCAGUGUAAUUAUCUUUUGGCAUUGGCAAGUUGAAAUGUUUCUUCCUUCCUCUCCCACAAACUUUGUACACUAAAACUGCGAGCUUAAACAGCCCCUCAAACUGCAUUCAUCCAUGAUAACGGCUCUUUCAACAGUUUGACUCUGAUUGGUACCUUACAAAGGGUUAAACUGAGUACACAGACACCAUAAAAAAACUGGACAAUGAUUUUCACUUCUGUAGAAUAUUAUGAUGUGGUUACCUCUUGUAACCUCUUGAUAAUGUCAGCUUCUCACCUUUCCACCGUGUGAAUUUAAACUCUACACUGAGAACAACAGUGUUUUUCUACAGGAAGCAGUUACUGAUAUAGGUCAGGUGGCUGGGGACACACUAGCUCCAGCUCUGAAUGCCACAGAUACUUCAGAUAUUGUAUUCUACCAUUAAUUACUUGCCACUGGAUCUCAAGGUAUUGAUCUAAGUACAUCAUAGGUCACAUAAGAAGAAAUUUAGUCUGUUGUAGCUCUUUUUGUACAGUUUCACAAAACCAGCCAAAUAUUCGUUUUACUUACCGUGGUCACAAUAGACACAACUUUGUUGUGACAUCAGUUCAUGUAGGCUGCACAACAGAUGAUUGACAAUAUUCUCAUUCACCUUAAUAUCAGUAUGAACUGUUUGCACUCCUGAUUGAAUCAACACACCACUCACUAAUUGGUUUGGGUGUCAAAUUUAAUCUAAAAUAUCUUUAUAAAUCAAUUUCUGCUAAAAUCUAAAAUAGUCCAUAGAAAAGGACGAGAAACCCUUUUUAAUUGUACUUCCAUGUAUAACAUCCACUUUAAACAUAAACUAAAUGACAACUUGAUUUAUACUGUGGCCAUGAACAAAACCUUUGCAGCCACAUUGCUAAUUCAUUCUCUCUUGUGAAACUAAUCUAAGCAUGGCCACAAAAAAAGCUUUUAAAAACUGAUGAUGACUUAAACAUGACUUUAUUUAGAUCACCAUGCCAUAAACACAAUAAUACACACUCGUCUUUGCCUCCAAAUUGUGCAUUAUUUAUACAAGAGUGCCUGCAAAUCCCCCAACAUUUUAUUUCAGGUCACUGUGAGUGCGACUCAAAAGUGAAAAGAAUUAAGUUGCAAAUUAUCAGAAGUGGGCUUGGAAUGAAAUCGGGGGUUUUGGAGGGCUACUUGGUCUAAAGAAUCAGAGAGUGAAAGUUUGAGACUUUUCUUUACUUUGCCACAAAUUAUUGAUUUAAAAUCUAAAAUUUAAUAACACUAGAUCAACAUAGUUUUUAGCACUGUUGACUAUUGAGCUCAACAUUUUUACCCUACCUCUGGUAUGAUCAAGUCUGUCUGUUCUGUUCUGAGAUAGUUUUAUGAAUACUGGUCGUCUUUUGUACAACCUAGCAGACUUUGUGUAGGAAAAAUAGCCGGAGCAACAAGGACACUGGCUCCGACAUGACUCACCUUUAUGAAGACGUGCUAUAACGCAGCUGCGAGGCUCUUUGUGCUUAACUGUCACUGUUAAAUUGAAAACGCAAUGAUAUUUUGUAUUACUGUUUGGUGUUUUUUGUAGCACAAAACUACAUAAAGAGGACUCCAAGAGGGCAAAAUCCUUCUGUUUAACAAUGCAGAGUGAACAUAAGUAUACUGUCUGUUAGCUCUGUAUAAACAUUCUGUUUGAAUAUUACACUUAUGUAAAAGUAUAAAACAUAUUCUGAUCAUCAUUAAACGUCUGACCUCUUUCUCUCGUUAUUCUUGGUGUAUAAUUGAAAACUAUUUCUCGCCAACCGUAACAGUAUGUAUUGUUACCUCCGUGCGUCCGAACGCAGGGAGAUUCCUUUCAUUCGUUUACAUUUUACAGACCACAUGAAUGUCAAAUGAAAAACCUGUUGAAAUCCAAAUCUAAGAAGAAGAAAAAAACAUACAAUGUUGAUGUUGUUGUUAUUACUAUUAUUGCUAUCAAAAGAGAAAAACAGUGUCGCAUUAGUGUUUUUUUGCUGUGCGGGAGACUGUCUGGUAUGUAUCUUUGUAUAACUUGUGGACUGUAUUUUUGCUCACUGCCUGAGUCAUGGAAUGAAACAGCUCUUAGGGCUCCAAAAUGAAAGAAUUUUUUCUUCAGCAAGAGUUGUUGCCGUCAAACCUUGAACCUAAAACUUGUCAACCACAAAUCCACCCACAAGUGUGAUCCGCAGUGAUCACAACACUUGAAGUAGUUUUGAGACUUCUUAUCUCUUUUUGGGGGUUGGGACUAAGUCAGGGCAUCAGCUUAGUGCCAAAAUGUAUUAUUUGUUUAAAUAUUAACUGAUGCUACCUAGUCACGAUUUGAAUUUAUUUGAAUAUUGGUUGUGAUUGGUUGGCAGAGCUGUUUAUGUCACAUGACUCUGGCUGUAGCUACAUAAACGUACUUGUUCCUGCUCUGCAGAUGGCAGACUGAACUACCAUGCUAGCCGGCUUGUUGUCAACGCAUAGAGACUUUUUGCUGAAGCUUGAAUUUUAAAUUGUAUAUUUUUCUCUGCAUAUGAAAUGAAUAAAUAAAUGAUGGCCAUGUA